CCCGCAGGGAGCUGGAGAGGCAGAGCGCAGCCGCCCGGGGUCAGUCGGUGCAACGACACCGCUGCAUGGAUGACGGCGCAUUUGACCGACGCAGGGGAACGCUUCAAUGCUUUACAUGAGCUGUGGACAUCCGUUUGAACAGGAUUUAAAAACACCUCACCUCACUUCAACUUCACGGGUACAUCCGCAGCCCAUCGAGCCGUCUGAAGCGAGACAUGUCCCCGUGCUGUUCCAGCCUCCAUCUUCGCUGGCAUUAAACCAUGAAGAGAUGACCGGCUUGUAGAGCUGACAGCAGAGGAGCUGACGGUAAAUGAGAGGCCGUCACCAUGCCCCCGGGGAAGUAUGGGAUGCAGGAGGAGGGGGACCAGGAGAUCAUGAUGGACUUCCUGCUGCCAACUGGGAUCUUCCUCAAAUUUCCUGUGUCUCCAAACAACACCAUCAAAAGCAUCAAAAAAAUGGUUUGGAAAAAUGCCAGAAGCGAGGCCCUGUUCAGUGCACUGGGUGACCCCGACGCAUAUGUCUUCACCUGCAUCAACCAGACAGCAGAGAGGGAGGAACUGGAGGAAGAAUCGAGGCGCAUAAGGGAUGUGCGGCCCUUCAUGGAUGUUCUGAGGCUGGUGGCGAGGGAGGGCGACCGAGUGGAGAAACUCACCAACACCCAAAUCAGCCUGUUAAUUGGCAAAGGUCUGCAUGAGUUUGAGGCACAGAAGAACCACGAGGUGAAUGAGUUCCGGGCAAAGAUGCGUACGUUUUGUGAAGAGAAGGCUCAGGAGCGGCAGAUGUUGCCAUGGCAGCAGUGGAUGGAAUACAGCUUCCCCUGUGAUCUGGAGCCGUGCUGCUCUCCGCCGGGGUGUGGGAGCGCAAAGUCAAAAAACACCAAGAAGAUUUUCAUCAACGUUAAGUUUGAGGCUUGUGAUGAAAGCUUCAUGCUGCAGCAGGACCCUCAGGACCUUCCCGUGGCUUUGAUGAGGAGCGCCCUGAAGAAGAAAGCCACCGUCUUUCGCUCGGUGCGACAGGAGCCCGAGGACUACACCUUGCAGGUCAAUGGGAGGUGGGAGUUCAUCUAUGGGACUCAUCCCAUGUGCCAGUUCAAAUACAUGUUCUUCUGUUUGAGAAAUAGCCAAAUCCCUCAUCUAACCAUGGUGCACCACUCCACCAUCCGCAAAUAUCAAGAGGAGCAGGGCAGAAUGUGCAGCCAGGGGUACAAGACGCGCUCCAUGUCCAGACCUCCUCCACUGCCCCUAAAGAAGCAGAACACCUCGUCUCUGUGGUCCAUCAAUGAGCCUUUCUACAUUCACCUGCUGCAGGGCAGCCGAGUCAAUGCAGACGAAGGGAUGAAGCUUGUGGUGCAGGCCGGUCUGUUCCAUGGCAGCGAACUCCUCUGUAAGGUGGUGACAACCUCGGAGGUGACAGUGUGCUCUGAGCCGCUAUGGGAUCAAAAGCUGGAGUUUGACAUAAAUGUGUCUGACCUGCCUCGCAUGAGCCGCCUGUGCUUUGCGCUCUAUGCUGUCAUUGAGAAAACCAAGAAACCCCGUGGCACUAAAAAGAAGAACAAGAAAGCGGAUUGUCCAAUAGCCUGGGUGAACACCAUGGUGUUUGACUACAAGGACCAGCUGAAGACUGGGGAGUUUCUCUUGUCCACAUGGCCAUCUGUUCCUGAUGACAAAAGUGACCUGUUGAACCCAAUGGGAACAGUUGAGAAGAACCCCAAUGUGGACAGUGCUGCCGGGCUUCUCAUUCGCUUCCCUAACAUCCGGCCCUAUCCUCUCUAUUACCCUCCACUGGACAAGGUGAGUGACAUGGAGAAGAAUGAUGAUGCAGCUAUUGUCACAAAAGAAGAGUGCAUGAAACUAAAAGAAAUCAUGGACAACAAAAACCACACUGAGUUUUUUGAGGAUGAAAAGGACCUCUUGUGGAAGCUCCGCACAGAAGUCCGCAAUCAUUAUCAUGAAAGUCUGUCCAAGCUGCUCCUCAUCACCAAGUGGAAUCGGCGCGAGGACGUAGUUCAGAUGAUGAGUUUACUGAAGACCUGGCCGGACCUCCCCGCCAUUCAUGCCUUGGAGCUCUUGGACUACAGUUUCCCCGACCCUGUGGUCCGUUCCUUCACAAUCAGAUGUCUCAGGAAGCUCAGUGAUGAUGAACUGCUGCAGUACUUAAUCCAGCUGGUCCAGGUCCUAAAGUACGAGUCCUACUUGGACUGUGACCUCACCACUUUCCUGCUAGAAAGGGCUUUGUCCAACUGGAGGAUAGGACACUUUCUGUUUUGGCAUCUCAGGUCAGAGAUUCACGUUGCAUCUGUAAGUAUGCGUUUUGGGCUGAUACUGGAGGCCUACUGCAGGGGAAACAUCCACCACAUCAAGCUUUUAAGCAAACAGAAUGAGGCUCUGGGCAAAAUGAAGGCCCUGAGUGACUUUGUCAAGUCCGGCUCCCAGAAGAUGACAGCUGAUGACCUGAAGCUGUGUAUCAGACAAGAGUCCUACCUGGAGGCUUUGUCAGACCUGUUGUCACCACUCAACCCCAGCAUCAUCCUCGCUGAGAUCUGUGCAGACAAGUGCAGGUUUAUGGACUCCAAGAUGAAGCCGAUCUGGCUGAUGUAUAACCCCUGCUCUCAAGAAGACAUGGUGGGCAUCAUCUUCAAGAACGGAGAUGAUCUUCGACAAGACAUGUUGACCCUCCAGAUGAUCCAGCUCAUGGAGAAUUUAUGGAAGAGAGAAGGCCUAGAUCUCAGGAUGAUCCCAUAUGGCUGUUUGUCCACUGGGAACAAGAUGGGGCUCAUCGAGGUAGUGAAGAACUCCGACACUAUCGCCAACAUCCAACGUAACAGCAGCAACAGUGCUGCCACCGCUGCCUUCAACAAGGAUGCCCUGCUCAACUGGCUCAAAUCUAAGAAUCCUGAGGACAAACUUGAUCGAGCAAUAGAGGAGUUCACACUGUCCUGUGCUGGCUACUGUGUAGCUACUUAUGUCCUGGGCAUUGGAGAUCGUCACAACGACAAUAUCAUGAUCAGGGAAACUGGACAGCUGUUCCACAUUGACUUUGGGCAUUUCUUGGGCAACUUCAAGCGGAAACUGGGGAUCAACAGGGAGCGUGUGCCUUUUAUCUUGACUUAUGACUUUGUCCAUGUGAUCCAGCAAGGAAGGACGAACAACAGUGAAAAGUUUGAGAGGUUCAGGGAGUACUGUGAGCGGGCCUAUAAGAUCCUGUGUAGAAACGGGACGCUGUUUGUCAAUCUCUUUGCCAUGAUGAAGGCAGCAGGACUGCCAGAGCUCACCUCCUUCAAAGACAUCCAGUAUUUAAAGGACUCUUUAGCUUUGGGCAAAUCAGAGGAAGAGGCACUAAAGAAUUUCAAAGUGAAGUUCAACGAAGCUCUGCGGGAGAGCUGGAAGACGAAGGUCAACUGGAUGAUGCACUCCUUGGCCAAAGAUAAUAGACCGUGAAGAACACUGCGCCAGGAAACCUGAAGACCAACCAAAAAUGAUGGAUUUUAACUUAUGGAGAUAAAAGGGAAGAAAACACAAUCAAAUAUUUAAUUUUAUUGAUGGCAUUCAGUGACACCCAGCAUAUGUUUACAUCCGACUGGCCUG